UCUGAGACACUCAACUGCUUAGACUUUCUGAGCCCACUGCAGGGGAACCUCCAGUCACAGCAUCAUGAACCGAAGUGCUGUUCUUAUCUUCUGCCUUAUCUUUCUGACUCUGAAUGGAACUCAAGGAAUACCUUUCUCUAGAACUACACGCUGUACCUGUAUCAAGAUCAGUGAUGGAUCUAUAAAUCCAAGAUCCUUAGAAAAACUUGAGGUGAUUCCAGCAAGUCAAUCUUGUCCACGUGUUGAGAUCAUUGCCACACUGAAAAAGAAUGGGGAGAAAAGAUGCCUGAAUCCUGCGUCUAAGAAAAUCAAGAUUUUAUUGAAAGCAAUUAGCAAGGAAAGGUCUAAAACAUCUCCUUGAACAGAGAAGCAUGACCACUAUAAUGUUGAUAAAGAUGGACCAGAAAGAGACUACCUCUGCCAUCAUGUUCCUGCAUACAAUAUAUGCAAGUCCUAACUGUUCCUGGAUUGCAGUUCUCCUAAAAGGUGACCAACCACUGUCACCAAUUUAGCUGCUACUACUCCUUGAGGGAGGUGGACAGGUCAUCACUCUGUCCUGGUACUAUAAGCUAUGCUGAGGUACUGUAUUUUUAGUGAAUGUACCAGGUCCUAGCCCUGCUACUGACACUUUCCUCACCUGUCCUAUCUUCUAAAUGUUAUUAAGAGAUAUUUCCACGUCUGGACUUAACCGAGUUCUCAGAACUUCACAAAAUAGCCAUAAUACAAUCUGCUUUUUUAAGAAAAACUUUUGCUCCAUGGGCUUCUACUGCUAUCCCCUCCCAAGGGGCCUCAUAUUCUUUUAGCAGUUAUGUAUAUGCAACUCCAAAUAAACAGAAGAACCUAGAACUACCUGAAAAUGUACAUGAAAAUACUAUUAUUUAAUGAAAAGCUACAAAAGUAGAAUUUUAGAUAUAAUGUUUCCUAAUUGUUUUCAGUGUUUAUGGAGUAACUUGUAUAACUAAAUACCACAUGAUUGUACAAUGAAAAAUGUUUAAAUCUAGAUAUAUACCCUGCGUGUUAUGUAAGACAAAUAUGCUAGAUGUGUUUCAAAAUUAAAACACUGUGCUCUCCUAGAGAUGUUAAGAAAAAUUAUAUAAUUGUUAGCAGAUCAAAAAAGUAAUAAAAUAAUA